UUUGCGAAUGCGCUUUUGAUCGUUAAGGACAGCUUCUCUCUUGCACAAGAGAGAUCUAUCAUUCUAUUUGGGGCCGAUCGCUCAAAUCCGCUCUCUUUAAUUCUUUUUCCGUGAAAAAUGGGGCUGUCUUUCACCAAGCUUUUCAGCCGGCUCUUUGCCAAGAAGGAGAUGCGUAUUCUCAUGGUGGGUCUCGACGCAGCUGGUAAGACGACGAUCCUUUACAAACUCAAGCUGGGAGAGAUUGUCACCACCAUUCCCACCAUUGGUUUCAAUGUUGAGACCGUCGAAUACAAGAACAUUAGCUUCACUGUCUGGGAUGUUGGGGGUCAAGAUAAGAUCCGACCAUUGUGGAGGCAUUAUUUCCAAAACACUCAAGGACUUAUUUUUGUGGUGGAUAGCAAUGACAGAGACCGUGUUGUUGAAGCUAGGGAUGAGCUGCACAGAAUGUUGAAUGAGGACGAGCUGAGGGAUGCUGUGCUUUUGGUAUUUGCCAACAAGCAAGAUCUUCCCAAUGCCAUGAAUGCUGCUGAGAUCACCGAUAAGCUCGGUCUUCACUCCCUCCGACAACGUCACUGGUACAUUCAAAGCACAUGUGCCACAUCUGGUGAAGGGCUGUACGAAGGACUCGACUGGCUCUCAAACAACAUUGCCAACAAGGCGUAGAUGGCUUGCUUUGAGCUUGGAUUGCUUCUGGAAAUUCAAAUUCAUGUCAUUUAUCCCUUGGUUUUUGGGCAUUUUUGUUGCAUUACCUGAUGAUCUAUACGAUGUUCGUUUCGUUUCUAGUCGACAUGAUUCCUAGGUUGCCUUUGGAUUCUGAAUAAUUGAAGAAAUUUUGCAAGUGUUUUCUCAUGUUAUCGACUUAAUAGCAUUGUUUUUAUGUAACGAAUUAAUGAUGUUCUUAAAUAGAUAUAUUUGUACGAAUACCAUUUUCAUUA